AUGCUGGAAACGAUGUUGUGGCUUGUAGCUUCUUCGGGGGGCCACUCGAUCGUAUGCGGUAUUGUUUGUGCAGUUGAAGUCUGCUCAGGGUUAGGAGGCGAGCGUAAAUCACUUGCUUUUCACGUGUCUGACGCAAGAUCGAGGACCCUCAUCUGCGUGCAAGGUCAACAGUUCGGCUUCGGGGUUUCCCUUAAUCGGGCCAUUGGCUCCUGGGAUACCUCAGCAGCAACCGAUAUGAGCCACAUGUUCUUCGAUGCACAUGCCUUCAACCAGCCGAUUGCAUCGUGGAAUACUUCUGCAGUGACCGACAUGAGCUACAUGUUCUCUCAUGCGACGGCCUUCAACCAGCCCAUCGGUUCCUGGAAUACUUCAGCAGUGACCAACACGUGUUACAUGUUCUCUUGCGCAGGUCAGUUCAACAAGCCUGUCGGUUCCUAG